UUAAUUUACAACGUACACAUUUUGUAUACAAAUCAAUGUUGCGUUAGAAUGGAGAAGACGAGCGUUGAUCCCGCUGUAGAACAAAUAGUAAAGGAUGAAGAAGAAUUGCAAAAGGUAUCAGACAUGACUGCUGCUGCUAAUGAGGAUGAAGAAGAAGAUGAGGAGUCUUUAACUCACGCUGACGUUUUGGAUAUUUUUGAGGAGGGACUCGCUCACCUGGUACAAGAUCCAUUACUCUGCGAUCUUCCCAUUCAGGUGACGUUGGAGGAAAUCAAUUCUCAGAUUGCAUUGGAGUACGGCCAGGCCAUGACUGUCAAGGUUUUAAAGGCUGAUGGAGAAAUAAUGCCCAUCGUGGUGGUACAAGAUGCCAGUGUGCUGGACCUGAAGAAAGCCAUUCGCAGGUUCGUUCAGCUGAAGCAGCAGCGUGAAGGUGGCGUGAUCCACAUCAGCUGGAAGUACAUUUGGAGGAGUUAUAAUUUGGUGUUUCAGGGGGAAAAAUUGGAAGAUGACUGCAUGAGACUGAAAGACUAUGGGAUUAGGAACAGAGAUGAGGUGACGUUCAUGAAGAGGCUCAGGAAGAAGUGAAUGCUUUUCUGCCCCUCAGAUUUCUGAUCUUAUUUGUACAUAUGUAGCUUGUUCUUUUUAUUAUAGUUAUACUUUGUUGUUAUUUAAUAAAGUUUUAAACUUA